UAAAAUGGUCAACAACAAGGCUUCGUUUCGAUCCUAGGCAUCACAGCCCAAGCCGUCCCGAUAACGGCCUUGGUUUCCAAUGCUCUCCUGUCUCCAUUUCAUCCAUCCAGUCCUACUCGAGCCUCGACCUUCGGACCCCACUCUAAAAUAUUCCUGCGCCGAGGCUGAAAGGCUAAUAUCAGUAUCUCCUACCAUAUAGCAUCAUUGCGCCACAGCUUAGACAAUCCGAAGCAGGGCACGAUGCAUAUGUUCAAGUCAUUCGUUGACUUGGAGUUAGACGGCCUCAUAGGAACUGCAACAACUCCGUCCGUCUCAGUGCUCAAGAGCCGAAUCCUUCGAAGGAGAAUCAUGAGAUGCGGAUUAUGUGGGCCAGAUCAGAUGGAAACCACGUCGUCGGGAACCCAUGAGGACGGUUGUGGGAGGGACGGCUCCUACCUCGUUGUGGCUUCAUCCAGGAUCCCAUCCUCCAGGAAUUUCCAGGCGAGCAUCACGCUCCCAAGCACGAUCUCAAGUCCCAAACACGACUUGCCGAUUGCCAAUCCCAACCGUCGUCCAUCUCGUUGUUUCUGUUUGCUCCCGAUUACAGGGCUCAUCCCUCCCCCGAAUGAAUAUCUUGGUGCAUCUCUCAAAACUGUUGGAUUGGCACGGCUCCUCGGAGAGCUUGCUGAGCAAUUAAUCUUCUGGCAUGGGAUGAAUUGGAAUUCUUCGCUCUAUCGUUCUUGCCAAGACAGACGGUUUCCCUACACGACUAUGUCGACAAGACCUUCCCAUGUCUGCAAUAUCAUGGAGUUGAUUUGAUGAUGAACGAUGAAAAAAAACGUGCCACGGGCCGCUUUGCCGCGAAAUGGUUGAGACAUCUCCUCAAACUGUUGGUUGAGAAAUGGGUGCAGCGAA